AUGCCAUUCUUUUCUAGGGUGUUUCGGGGCAAGGACUCCGUCACGACAAAGAAGCAGGCCAAGCCUUCCGCGGCCCUGAACCCGACCCCUGCGAAACCCAAAUGGACCGAUGCGUGGCUGCGGACAGAGGUCGCGCCGGAAGAAGUCCAAGACCUUGUACGAGGGUGUGUGCAUGAGCUCAAGGCCCGAGCUCUUGACACUCCAUUCCUCCUCCUACCGUUCCGUCCUAGCUCCGAUCCCAGUGCAGCUCGCACGUUUAUUCGCAAUUACUUUAAUCAAUCUUUUGAAAAGGGAUCGCCUGUCAACGGAGAUGUCUUAGCGCAGGAGCUCCGGCUCACUGAGCCGAUGGUUCUUUGUGGUGUGAUGAAAUGGUGCUGGAGCAGACUUCCUGGCGGUGUUGUUACUUGGGAGGCAUAUGAGACUUUCAAGAUGGGCGAACAUGAUUCGGAUAUGGCCCGUGACGCUUUCUCGACUUUCAUUCCGAUCGGCGGCGAUUCCGAUGCACGCACUAAUAUUAUUGUGGACUUCUUCGACCUUUUGGCUGCCAUUGCGGCCCAUGGAAAAUCCAAUGGCUUGGGAGGCCGCAAGCUUUCCCGAUACGCUGGAUGGUGGGCUUUUGAGCAUGUCGAUACAGGCAAUGGCUUCGAGGCCGCCUAUAAGAACUGGGCUGUUGCUGCCGAUGCUACGAGUCACUUGUUCUUCGCCUACCUUCGUUCGUUGUCUCCCGAUGUCCCUCGCGGCGUGAGCGGUAUCUCAUCGCUGCCCAUUUCUCUUCAAUCACUCGUUGAAGCGACCGAAUACCCUCCCGAGACCCCGACUUUGUUGCAAGUUACAACCACAAAGGUGGUUAUGAUUGUGGAGAAUGUUUCCCCGACGCCAUUUUCCUUGUUGCGACGCGCCAAGAACUUUGAAUACCGCGACGACGACUGGCACCUUCAGGAGUUUGCCAGCUACGAAGACCCCGUCACCGCAUUGACUGACGAGUGUCUCCGUGUUCUCAAAUGUAUCUCAUCUGCGAACCAGUCCAGUGUCUCUAGUACCAAGCAGUCAACCAGUUUGCGGGAUGCAUCCUGGUCUCGAUUCGAGGAUAUUGGAUUCGGUGGUUCGAUCGACUCUGACCCGGAGGAUGAAGCCAAGGAAGCUGCUCCGCCAGCGACUGCAAAGAGCUUGAAAUCUGUUCCUCAAUCCGGAACAGGUGACCUUGGUCGUCCUACCACCCCCUCGUGGGCAGAUUUCAUGUCAUCCGGGUUCGCGGAUGAAAACAACUUGAAAAAUCACGUGGGCCCUCUGCUCCUGCCUCCUGACAAAGUUCUGCCUCCCAUUGCCUCUGUACGUGGCAUGAGCUCCCAGUCGCACAAGCGCUCCUUGGAUAUCGAGCUGGAUCUCGAGCCUGCCGAGUUGGCGAGUAUCAGCACCCUAGACAUGGACGACUCAUUUUGGUGGGUUUGGAUCAGUAGUUUGUCUGGCGAUGAGCCGUCCACCCGCAAAGCUGUGUUUGGUCGAUGCGCGCUUCUGGAGACUCGGAUUCGGGAUACCAAAUGGUUGAUACUUGAAGAGCAGAUCAAGGGUGCUGCCCCAGAGCCUGAUGCCGGUGCUCAAAUUGUUGAGAAGAAGCGAUUCUUCAGUUUUGGUAGUCGUAGGGGAAAGCUCGAUCGUCGUAAGUCGUCGGCUAGAAAGGUGCCCUCCUCCAUUGAAGAGUCGUAUAAGCGGCCCAACAACCAGGCACCGCACAGCAAGACGAGCAUCGGACCGGAUCAGCACAAGCGGAUCCAGGCAGCUGCGGCCGCUCUGCAAAAGAAGCACCGCGAGCAAGAAGCGGAGGCGAAAGAGAACCGUGCCCCUGCCAAUAAUACCCGUGAUUCCAAGACCAACUCCGUCAUGACCCUUCAGCCCGCCAUUGUCAACGAGGCCUCCCAGGCCAUGAAGUGGGCUAAGAACUACGAUAAGGGUGCCUUCAGGGCGGCAUAUCUCAAUGAUGACCGCGCUGGCACUGGUCAAGUUGAAGAAGUCCAGGACACCCCCGAGCCGGUUUCGAAGACGCCCGAGGAGAAGCCUACCGCGCCGUCGGCACCUCUUCCAACCAGCACCUCAAAGACUGGUCCCCCGCCACUUCCCAAAGAAGCUGCUAUUGCUGCCGUGGCCACCCCUCUUCCCCCUUCUCCCAAGGAAGUGCCAACGAAAUCUGUCAAUGGCGCCACUCCCGAGGAGGAGAAGCCCACCCCAAAGCCUGCCGUGGUUGAACAAGCCACUGAGCGCCGGGACUCGGUGGACUCGAUGGGCAAGAAGCUGAAGAAGACUGGCAACUCUGCCUUUAAGAGCAUGUUCAGCGCCAAAAAGAAGCCCGAACAGCAACAGCUUCCCGCCAAGACCACUGAUUCCAAGGAAAUUUCCAAUGUGGCAGCUGCUCGUGCGGCUCUCGAGGCUAGGACUAAAGCAGCCCAAGAGUCUAGUCCUAUGAAGAAGAAGCCUGUCCCUAAGGCCCCCGCUGUCGCAGUUGCACCCGUGGCUGCUGAGGCUGAAAAGCCCUCAACACCUCAACCUGUUCAACCGGUCGUCCAGGAACCUGUGUCAAAAAUUCCCACUCCGACUCAACCCUCCACCCCUCUGAAGGAGAACGGUGCACCGCCCAAGACCAGACGCGCCGUCGAGUAUGAUGCUCUCUCGCGCGUUGGCACCAAUGAACGCAAAGCGGCCGAUCAGGAGUUCUCGAAGUUCGACCAGGGCCCCUUGACCGACCAGCCUGCUUUUGUCCCCGAGGAUUCACCCGUGGCUUCACCCGUGGAAGUCGCACCUGCACCACAGAAGAGCGAGGUUCCCCAGACCCCGACUAGGACUAACGGCAAUGGUGUCCACCCUGAAACCGCUGCUUCGCGCGCCACUUCGCCGACCACUUCACCCGGGUCCACCGAAGCUGCCCAAGAUCGUUGGAAGGCGAUCCGUGAGGCUGCUGCCCAGCGGGCUGCUGCAGCUGCCGCUGCCGAGCAGGCAUACGACCACGACACCGAGAACAACACACGGACUAGCCAGUCAGAGCGCACUGACGAGGGAGAUACUAGUGGAGAAGAGACCAUCGAGGCCCGUGUCGCCCGCAUCAAGGCCCGAGUGGCCGAGUUGACUGGCAACGCUGAGGAUGGACAAAGACGCUAG